AUGACUUCGAACUCCACAUCCCUCCCAUCCGCGCCGCGCGUCAACCUGGGCGACAACAUCAUCCUUCAGCCCCCUCUGUCACGGUGCGGACAGGGACCAGGCCUGGUACUGAUAAGACCAGCCAAUGUUACAGAAUGCCAAAGCAAGAACACCAGUCUAGACCCAGAGCCACUUCAAAAGUGGGCCGAGGAAAGCUAUGCAGUUGCCCAGAUCACUUUCGACAUAGAUUCUAGCGCAAACGCUUCUCUACUGUCGGUCAGAGUUGACAGCGCGAUCGCUGGCUUAAUCGCCCUGCCUGAGUGCAAUAACAAGCAGAAAUUUGGCAUAUUAGUCUACGGCUCUCAAUCCGAUUACGCCCCAACACUCAUCCACUCACUGCUGGACCACAUCAGCGGCACCAAUCAAUUUGCAGCAACAGUAUACCACAGCAUCUGGGAUGCUGCCUCCAACAUUCCAUCCCUCACACACAUCCCGGGAUCCCAAGCACCCACUACCAAUGGUACUAACUACGUCUACCCUGACGUAUCCUCUCCAGGCUUCAUCAUCCCUGGCCACCUGGAUUUCAAAUACUCCACCGCCAGCGUAGCACAUACCCGUUCCCUCACCUUCCUCAAAACCCAUCUGAACGGGCCAUACUUCGACCUGGAGAAGAUCUGGGCCGAGCACACGUACUACCAAUUCGAUGUUCGGUCAGUCGAGAAGACCAUGGCCACGAUGGUUCAAGAACCAUACGUGAACCAUAUCCCGACAAUGACCGGCGGCAUCGGCCGCGCCAAACUAAGCAACUUCUACCUCCAUCAUUUUAUCUUCAAUAACCCCGACGACACCGCCCUAGAGCUGAUAAGUCGUACUGUGGGUAUUGAUCGCGUCGUGGACGAGUUUAUUUUCUCCUUUACACAUGACAAGGAGGUAGAUUGGUUAAUCCCCGGUAUCCCCCCAACCCACAAACCGCUCCGCAUCCCCUUCACUUCCGUCGUCAACAUCCGCGGCGACCGGCUCUACCACGAGCACAUCGCAUGGGACCAAGCGACAGUUCUCGUGCAGUUGGGCCUCCUACCUCAGUGGUUGCCUUUUCCGUACCAGCUACCGGGCGGGAAGACACCCGCACCAGGGAAGAGAUUUGAGUAUAAGGUUCCUGCUGGGGGCGUAGAGACCGCGGAGAAAUUGAAGGACGAGAGUGCGGUGGAGUCGAAUGGCAUGUUCGGGGUGGGGAUAAGGGAGGUGGAUGAUUUGUAG